GGCUUUUCCCAUUCCAGAUGAUUUGCUGGCUUAAGCGCUUCGUUAGGAUGGCUUUGGAACAAGUUGGAUUAAACAUGGAAUCAGUGCUCUGGUCAAGCAAGCCCUAUGGUUCAUCUCGGAGCAUUGUGAGGAAGAUUGGCACCAACCUCUCCCUCAUCCAGUGCCCAAGAGUUCAGUUCCAGCUUACUUCUCAUGCUACAGAAGGGAAGCAUCCAAACCAGCUUAGAGAAGAUGCAGUGGCCUCCUUUGCAGAUGUGGGAUGGGUGGCUCAGGAAGAAGGUGAAGUCUCUACAAGGCUCAGGUCAGAAGUUUGGUCAGAAGCAGCCCAGGCUCCCCCCUCAGGUGAACUACAUCGUUCUGGAAAGCCUCUCUGCAGGCAGAUGUCCUUACCCAGCAGGCAGAUGUCCUUGCAGAGCCCGGUGGAAGAAGAGCCAGUGUUGAGGAGCCCUGUGUUUGCCAAUGAGGAAGCUCUGCAGAAGAUCAGUGCUCUGGAAAAUGAACUAGCCACUCUGAGAGCACAAAUAGCCAAAAUUGUGACCAUGCAGGAGCAACAGAACCUGACAGCAGUUGGGUCAAGUCCAGUUGCUCCAGCUGCUGUCCCUGGUGCACCUCCACCACCACCUCCUCCUCCACCGCUGCCAGCCCUGGGCCGACAGCAGAGCAUGUCUGCAAUCGAGCUCAUUAAAGAAAGGAAGAACAAAAAGAACAGCUCUGGCCAGAACCUGGCAGAGAAUGGGCCAAAGAAGGCUGAGCUGCCAAACAUGCUGGAGAUCCUCAAGGACAUGAGCAGCGUGAAGCUGCGUGCCGUGAAAAGAUCCUCAGAGGGUACCAAAUCCAGAGCAGCUGACCCUGCAGACCCAGCAGCACUCAUAGCAGAAGCACUCAAGAAGAAAUUUGCUUACCGCUACCGGAGUGACAGCCAAAGUGAGCCAGAAAAAGUGACCCCAAGGGCUGAGACAAAGACACAGGCUGAGGUGGUGCUGUUUGGGCCACACAUGCUGAAGUCUACAGGAAAAAUGAAGACUUUGAUUGAAAAGUCCUAACCCCUGAAGCUCCCUGUGCAGGACUGUGCUGAGCUGCUGUGCCUGGAACCUUGCCUGUUGCAGAGAGCACCGAGGGAAAACCCAGCAUGAGCAGGAGAGUGGAGGCACUGAAGAUGCUGGUUGGUGAUUUACUGAGGGGACUGUACUCAGGUCCUCCCUGUGUGUCCAAACCUGGCUCUGCUCAGCCUUGUGUGGUGGCUUUAGUUUGUUAACACUACCUUAGGGAAGCAACAUUCUGUGCAUAACUCAAGUGUGUGACCAUGUUCACAGUGACAGCCCUUGAGCUAAUGCCACUUCUUGGGGCUCUAACCUGCUGGCACUACAACAUUUGGUUGGGUACUGAA